AAGCAGUCACACUAUGGGGAGUGGGAGGGAUCAGAAAAGUUGGAGUGAACACAUUGUGUGCCCAGAUCUAUAUAGAUAGGUUGAUUGGUUCUUGCUAGCAAUUAGAUGCUCAUUUAGUCUAGAAAUGAAGAACGCAAGAGUGAGGGAGUGGCAGAUGUUCUCUAGAUCCAUUUUUACACAAUCAUAAAAUUAUUAUGAUUUCUGGUCUACUUGCUGAGAUUGGACAAUCUAGUCAACUUGCAUGUUAUUCAACAUUUAGAAAAGCAUAUCUAGGUCAAAGAGCUUCUAGAUGUUAUAGGACAUAUUUUAGUCAUUUGCGUUUGAAAAGUACAAUGAAUCUUGUUCCCAAUGCUUCGCCUAAACCUAAAGUAUUUGUUAGCCGUAGAAUUCCAGAAAAAGGAUUUGCUUUAUUAGCAUCAGAAUGUGACGUGUUGAGCUGGAAUCAUGAAGAUCCACCACCACGUAAAGAUUACCUCACUGCUGUUAGAGGCAUUCAAGGUCUCUUUUGUUUAUUAACAGAUACAAUUGAUGCUGAACUAUUAAAUGAAGCAGGUCCAAGUUUGCGUGUUGUAUCUACUAUGUCUGUUGGCUAUGACCAUAUUGAUGUUCAAGAAUGUCAUAAAAGAAACAUUCAAAUUGGCUACACACCUGGAAUAUUGACAAGUGCUACUGCUGAACUGACUGUAACUUUGUUGCUUGCUACAUCACGAAGAAUUAAAGAAGGUGUAAAAGCUGUUGAAAAUGGAGAAUGGGGUACCUGGAAACCUAUGUGGCUCUGUGGUCAAGGUCUGGAAGGUGCCACAGUUGGGAUUGUUGGAUUAGGCAGAAUAGGUCUGGCUGUUGCUAAGCGUCUAAAGCCAUUUGAUAUCGCUCAGAUCUUGUACUGUGGCAGAUCAGAAAAGCCAUCCCAAGCAUUAGAAGUUGGUGCAGUAUUUACCAGCUUUGAAGACUUGUUGACUAGAUCAGACUUUGUUAUAGCCUGCUGUGCACUGACACCAGAGACUCAUCAUCUGUUUAAUGCUACAGCUUUUAAGCAAAUGAAACAGACUGCCAUUUUUAUCAAUAGCAGUAGAGGGGGCAUUGUAAAUCAGGAUGAUUUGUAUGAAGCACUCAAGUCUGGGAAAAUAAGAGCCGCAGGGCUAGAUGUGACCACACCAGAACCUUUACCCACAGACAGUCCAUUACUAAAACUUGACAAUUGCCUUGUGCUUCCACACAUUGGCAGUGCUACUCAAAGCACUAGAGAGGCCAUGGCAGUUUUAGCUGCCAGAAAUCUCCUGGCCGGACUUCAAGGAAAACCCAUGCCUUGCCAGAUAAAAUAACUGAACUAGAUGUAGACUCUAUCAAAUAAAUUAGUAAAAAAAUGGAACCAUGUUUUGUGUAAAGCAUAGUUUACAUUAAAAAUUGUUCAUAAAUAAUUUAUGUUGCAUUAGUGUUUAAGAAGUGUUGCCUUAUCAUAAAUUUUCAUAAACAGAAAGGUAAUGCAUUAAUUUUGGUUUCCAUAUUUUUAUCAGAUUCUUUCUCUUUUGAACAUUUAACCCCACUAAUUUUAUAGUGUCUCCAUUAGUGAGCACUAAUAGGGAAUCAAUCAAAUCAGUAUUAGUUAAUUAUUACCAUAUUUUCAUGCAUACAACCCGAGGAUCUUAAAAGUUAGUACAAUCAAAUGGCAGCAGUGCAGGGUAUUAUAAGGUCAGAAGAAACUAAUAGUAAAUAAAAUAAAUGAGAAAUGGAUAAGCUCUCAUCCAAAUCACAAGAAAGAUGAUGCCUAUUAUAAGCUAUCCCAACAAGAUCAACGUCUAAUCUUUCGACUCAGGACCAGACACAACAGAAUGAGACAACAUAUAUACCAGAAGCUCAAAAUUGGAACCAGUGAAAUCUAUCCAUGUGGAGGGUCACCUGAGAAUGCUGACUUUGUCCUCCAAAACUGCUCUCUUUACCAAGAGACCCAUACAAGACACUGGCCCCAAAACACCCCAAUAGAUAGAAAACUAUAUGGAGAGCUCCCUGAUUUGGAAACCACUGCGCAGUUCAUCUCAUAUAUUGGUCUAGUCAUCUGAACGCUCCAACAUAAAAAUGAGAACAAAGAAGAAAAAG